GAGCCGCUCGCCUGGCCGCCUGCCCCCUGAAUCAUGCGCGAGCAUCGCAUCGGAGGCUGCGGCGGAGGGGAGUUGUUUACUGUAACUCUUGGCGGAGGUCCCGGCAUCGAACCCCAAAUGAAUUCAAGCUGCGGAGGGAGGUCACGGCUGAAACAAACAGCUCCCAGGGCAGGAAGGGCUUCGUGCGGGGGCUCGGAGCUGCAGGAGGGACGGGUGGCACCCCCAGGGAGCCGCCGGGUGCUGCCCGAGGCUGGACAGCGGCUCUGCCCUGGAAUUCGCCCUGCCGAGCGCCGCGUUUCCAGCUCUGCAAAAUCACCCCGAGCUUCGCGGCUUUAACCCAGCAAAGAAGCUGCGACCCCGGGUUUUGUGGUUUUUUUUUUUGUUUUUUUUUUUUUGCAGAGGUCUGGGCGCUCUGCUCCCACGGUGCCUUUCCUCAUCCCUGCCCUCGUCCUCCCCUCUCCCCACCGGCCCCGUUUGGCCGCAGCCCUCCCCGCGGGGCGGCUCUCCGCGCGGCCGCUGCCUCUUGGCCGCGGGGAUGCUCGACAGCCUUUUUCCUGGCUCCGGGAGCACGAUGAGGAGUUGUUUUUCUGGCUGCUGGCCGCUGGCCUGCCCGGCCUCCCUCUCCCCCGGCGCACGCGUUCCCUCCCACUUCUUCCCUUCCGCUGCUGCUUCGGAGUUUGUUUUUAAAAAGUCUGAAACAGAUGAGGCAGAGAGAUUCCCAGCUACCCGGCGAGCGCCUUCCAUCCUCGCCUCCCCUCAACGCCCCGUCCUUCCCCCGGGCUUGUCCCUAAGCCCUCCUCACCCCUUUUCUGCCCCAGGUUGGUGCUGGAAGGGCAGCGGAUGGCUGGAUGGAGAGCUGCUGUGAACCCGUGCACCUCCCCGCGGGUGCCCCAGGCCGCCCCCAUGGACCUGCGCAUCGGGCAGCGCGUCGUCAAGCCCGGCUCCGACACCGCCCUGCUGGCCCUGAAGCACACGCAGCAGCUGCAGCACCAGCUCUUCCUCGCCAGCCUGCACCAGCAGCAAGUGGAGCAGCUCGCCCACCAGCACGUGAGGGUGACCAUGGAGUCCCCGCACCGCGAGGCAGAGCCCGGGCAGCAGGAGCAGGAGCUGCGGCAGAUCCUCAAUAAGGACAAGAGCAAACGAAGUGCUGUGGCCAGCACAGUGGUGAAGCAGAAACUGGCGGAGGUCAUCCUGAAGAAGCAGCAGGCAGCAGCUUUGGAAAGGACCAGCAACCCCAACCCUUCAGCCAUGCCGUACAGGUCUUUGGAGCCUCUGGAUCCCGAGGGCCCUUCCCCUCCUGUACUCAGCACCUUCCUGCCCCCGGUCCCUAGCACUUCGCUUGACCCCCCGGAGCAUUUUCCGCUGCGGAAGACAGCGUCCGAGCCCAACCUGAAGGUGCGUUGCAAGCCCAGGAAGUGUCUGGACCGACGCAAGAACCCCCUGACGCGGAAGGAGAGCGCGCCCCCCUCGUUGAAGAGGAGGCCGCCCGAGGCGAUCGAUUCCUCCCCGAGCAGCAGCAGCACCCCCGUGUCCGGCUGCAGCUCUCCCAACGACAGCCUCCCCGCCGAGCACGGAGCCCUCCCCGCUGCCUCCGGCAUGGCCCACGAGGCGCCCCUGGCCCAGCGCCUGAUGCUGCAGGAGAGCUCCCUGGCCCAGUUUGCCUUGCAGAGCGCAGCCUCCCUUCCGGCCAUCACGCUGGGAUUGCCGGCCACCACUAGCGCCAGGGGAGACGCCGAUCGCCGCCCCCUCUCUGGCCUGGCCCACCGGGUGCCCGUGCUGAACGGGCCCGUCCUCGCAGGCACGCACUCGCCCAUGUUCAUACCAGCUGGCUUGGAGCAGCACGAGGCCGGGAGCCCCUUGUCCCCUCGGCUGCAGCCCGUCAUCAUCCUCGAGCCCUCGGUCACCCACGCUCCGCUUGUGGCUGUGCCAGGGCUGGGAACGGUCCCCUUCUCCUUCGCCCCCUCGCUCAUCUCCGCAGAGCGCCUGUCGCUCCCGGGCCACCACAAGCCGCUGGGCAGGACCCGCUCGGAGCCCCUGCCCCAGAACCCCAAGGCCAUCCAGCAGCAGCUGGUGUACCAGCAGCAUCACACCCAGUUCCUGGAGAGGCUCAAGCAGCAGACGCAUCUGGGCAAGCGCAUGGCCAAAACCAGCGAGAAGCCCCGGCUGCGGCAGAUUCCCUCCUCGGAGGACAUGGAAGCAGAAGGGACGGAGACGGGGGCUGAGGGCGGCGACCAGGCGAGGGCACGCGUGGAGCCUGCGCGGCCGGGGAGCAGCGGGAAGGAGCCCGAGAGGACGCAGAAGCUGCUGCAGCCUCAGGAGGAGCUCGUCCUCCAGCAGGCGUAUCUCUGGGACCCCUACCAGCGCAUGCAGCACCAGCUCCUCAAGAGGCAGCCUCUGGCCGACCCCCCCAUGGUUCCGACCGUCCUCGCGGGGCACAGGCCCCUCUCCAGGGCCCAGUCAUCUCCUGCCACCGCGACCAUCUCCCUCCCUGCCCAGGACACGGCCUCCAAGACGCUCUCCCUGCCCGUGCAGGAGCAGCCGACCAAGCCACACUUCACGACAGGGCUGGUUUACGACUCAGUGAUGCUCAAGCACCAGUGCUCCUGUGGAGACAACAGCAACCACCCGGAGCACGCGGGCAGGAUUCAGAGCAUCUGGUCCCGGCUGCAGGAGCGGGGGCUGCGCAGCCAGUGCGAGUGUCUGCGGGGACGCAAGGCCACCCUGGAGGAGCUGCAGUGCGUCCACACCGAGCGCCACGUCUUCCUCUACGGCACCAAUCCCCUCAACCGCCUGAAACUGGACAACGGGAAGCUGGCAGGGAUCCUGUCGCAGCGGAUGUUCGUCAUGCUGCCCUGCGGAGGGGUGGGGGUGGACAGCGAUACCAUCUGGAACGAGCUGCACUCCUCCAACGCAGCCCGCUGGGCCGCGGGCAGCGUCACCGAGCUGGCCUUCAAGGUGGCCACCAGGGAGCUGAAGAACGGUUUCGCUGUGGUGAGGCCGCCCGGACAUCACGCGGAUCCAUCCACUGCAAUGGGGUUCUGCUUCUUCAACUCGGUGGCCAUCGCCGCCAGGCAGCUGCAGCAGAAAGGGAAACUCAGCAAGAUCCUCAUUGUGGACUGGGAUGUUCACCAUGGCAAUGGGACCCAGCAGGUCUUCUACAGGGACCCCGACGUUCUCUACAUCUCUUUGCACCGUCACGAUGAUGGAAACUUCUUCCCCGGCAGCGGGGCCGCCGACGAGGUUGGUGCUGGCCCUGGGGAGGGAUUUAACGUCAACGUAGCCUGGACUGGAGGGCUCGACCCCCCCAUGGGUGACCCUGAGUAUCUGGCAGCUUUCAGGACGGUGGUGAUGCCGAUUGCACAUGAAUUCUCCCCCGAUGUGGUGCUGGUGUCGGCUGGCUUCGACGCGGCCGACGGCCACCCGCCACCCCUGGGCGGCUACAAAGUCUCUGCUAAAUGCUUUGGCUACAUGACGAAGCAGCUGAUGAGCCUGGCUGGGGGAGCCAUCGUCCUCGCGCUGGAAGGCGGCCACGACCUCACGGCCAUCUGCGAUGCGUCCGAGGCCUGCGUGUCAGCCUUGCUGGGCAACGAGCUGGAUCCUCUCCCAGAAGAAAGCAUGCGGCAGAAACCCAACGCCAACGCCGUGCGCUCCUUGGAGGCGGUGAUCCAGGUCCAGAGUAAAUACUGGGUGGCCGUGCAGCGCUUUGCCUCCAAGCUGGGCUGCUCCUUCCUGGAGGCGCAGCACCACGAGGCAGAAGAGGUGGAGACCGUCACAGCCUUGGCCUCCCUCUCGGUGGCCGUGAUGGUGGAGAAGAGGCCCCAGGACGAGCCGAUGGAGGAAGAGGAGCCCAUGAACCAGUGAUGAGCGGUGAUGUUCUCUGCUCCCCUGCUUCCAGGACGUGGCUGGACUCUCCUGAGCCCAGCGCUCGCUCUUCGCUCCUGGCUUCCCGUUUGCCACGUCAUUCUCACUCCCCGAGCCACGGUCCUGAACCGGCCUGGACCUUUGGCUGCCGCCUCUGCAGGGCUCCCAGAAAGGAUGCUCCCACAGCCCCGCGGGAGACGUCCUCCCGCUGGGGACAGGUGGAAAACCACAACCUCCCUCUGCACGGCGCCGCCUUGCACACCUAGACCGUGCCUGCAAUCAGUCCCCAACCUUCAGGACCUGAAACCCCUCUUGGGGACACGCGAGAGGCCACCGCCCCUGCCCUUCUCCUGGGAUCUUCCUCACCUUUGGAGAAGGGGGUGGGUGUUGGGAUGGAUGCUGUGGUCAUGCUGCGGCUGGUUGGAGCCGCCGUCGGGACUGCACCCAGAGCUCCUUCCAGCCAGCCAUCCCAUGGAGAAACAGCCCCGUGUCUUGCUCGAGAGGGACAGGCUCCCCGUGUCUUCUCUGAGAGGGAUUCCCGGCCUUCUCCACGUCCUCCCCUUCCUCUCUGGUAGAGCACGACGCAGGAGCGAGCGUGACAGUGACAGGGGCUGCGACCUCGCUCUGCACGAGGAGGGGUUGGAAGGCGACGGCUGCUGCGCCACUUGCCUUGCGCUUGGGGAAGAGCAAGGGCUGGAGGGGCUGCAGCACCCAGGAUCGCACCCGUGGGACAUCCUAACCACUAACCAGAGCGCGACCCCUCUGGUGCUGGGGCUCUGAUUUGCACUAUAUACAUAUGAGAUGUGCUAA